UUCAGGAUGGAGUGUCAGGACAGUCCUAUUCUAAAUUCCGACACAGCCUGGAAGCAACUCACUCAUUAUCUCAGCCCACCCAACACCAUCACACCAGAGAUAAAAUCAAGAUGUAAAGAGUUAAUUGAGAUACUUGAGAACUUUGGUUACCCUGUAAGGAAAUGCCUUGGAAGUUGGUUCAGAGUCAAGUUCAAGUAUUAUUUUAAAUCUGAAAUUCUUCCUGAGGUCUUGACGGUUCUUGAUGUUUAUAGAGACUAUGAAGCAUUUGAAAAUAUCAUUGUAUUGCUGGGAAAAGGAGUUUUGAAGUUUCUUUUGUCGUUUUAUCUUGUAGAAGAGACAGAUUCGACCUUCCAGAAGAAGGACGUGUACAUGGAUUUCACAACAAUUUUGUUGGAAAUUGAUGAGGUAAAGAAAUUAUUCUCAAUGUGCUGUACGAAUUUCUACAAACGAGGAUUUGACUGUUUUGACAAUCUCGAUCAAGAUAUUGACGGUUCACCCACGGAGCAUUCUACUGAAUUGAAGAACUUUGAUAUCAUUAACCGGUAUCUGUGCUGUUUGUAUUUAUUUGAUGAAGUUGUCUACGACGCAGUUCUCCAUGUUCUUAGCUCUCAGAUCAGACUUUUCAUAACCGAAAAUUUCUCGGGUUGUUCUCAUGACACGAGUAUCAUGGGACCUGUAAUGUCAUGGCUCAAUUCGUCGGUCAUAACAUUCAUUCAGUUCAUUACUCAACAUCAGCUUGUACCUCCUAAUAUGGAAAUAUGGAAGAAGCGUCUCAAAUUUUUCUGCUACAAAACAAUUGCCACUGUACGUAUCAACGACCUGUUUGAAAUAAUGGUCGAUUACCCUGAUUCCCAUGCAGCUGUAUUGGAUAUCAAAAAGUGUGUAGGACAUAUUCAGUGUAGUAACUAUCUCAUAAAGACAGUUCAGGAUACAUUUAAAGAGCGGCUCCUGCAUCCUGGAGCUAACACAGAUGAUAUAAUUACUCAGUAUUCUUCAGCUAUAAAAGUUUUCAGGUUCCUUGAUCCGUCCGGUGCCAUGCUAGAGAAAGUUUGUGCGCCUGUGAGAAAUUACCUGAAGCAGAGAGAAGACACCAUCAGAUGCAUUCUGAACACUUUGAUGAGUGAGGAGGAGAAUGAACUGACUAGAGAACUUAGUGCCACCACUGGAACACUCUUUAACAGCAAUGAAGACAGUGACUUGGAGAUAGAUGACUGGGAAAAGUGGAGACCUCAGUCAAAAGAUAUGCCAACUGAUUUGAAAUCUAAAACUUCCAAAUCUGCUGAUAUAGUUUCAACUCUUUGCAAUAUUUACCGUAGUGCUGACUUAUUUGUGAACGAGUAUCGAAGUCUCAUUGCUGAAAAACUUCUGACAACUUCAAACUACGAUAUAAGUGUAGAAAUGAGAAAUAUGGAGUUGCUAAAAGUGGGAUUUGGAGUAGAUCUGUCACAGUGUCAGAUAAUGUUACAAGAUGUUGUAGACUCCAAGCGCAAUCACUCUAAUAUAAUGAACAACGUCAAACAACAAUUCCACUUUGACAUCAGCACUCUCAUCAUAUCUCACGUAUUUUGGCCUAAUCUCAGAAACGAAGAGGUGACCAUUUACAAACCGUUACAAGAUUAUCUUGCCGGGGAAUACCAGGCCGCUUAUUCGGAAUUAAAGAGAUCAAGAACUUUGGAAUGGAAGCUUAAUUUAGGUUUUGUAGAAUUGGAUCUAGAGUUUGAGGAGAGAACACUCUCGUUCACUGUCUCCCCAGUCCAAGCAACUAUAAUCUUGUGUUUUGAGGAGAGUGAAAAAUGUCACGCAGAUACUAUCUCCAACACUGUGGGUUUAUCACUCAGUCAAACACGGAAAAAGCUAGCUUUCUGGGUGACAAACGGGGUGUUGAAAGAAACCUCUAAAGAUAUGUUUGAGCUGGAGAAGGAGGUGAAAGAGUCGGGGGGAAUGGUGGUUGAGGAGAUGGAUAGUGCGAUGGUAAAGAUCGAGCAGGUUAGGGAGGAGGAGUUGGAGGGAUACACUAACUUCGUCAUGGGACUCAUCAACCAGUCUGGACAGAUAACGGUAGACCGGGUACACAAGAUGUUGUCUUUGUUACUCUCCGACUCUGUAGCAGGCCAGCUCACUCAGGAGGAAGUCAAAAAUUUCCUCGAUAAGAAAGUGAAACAGAAACUCUUGGCAUUCACCGGUGGAGUGUACAAAAAACCAAAGUGACGGCGGAUGAGCUUAUAUCUUGACUCAAUAAAUGUUAUUUGCUCAAAUUUAUUUGCUUUUUAAUUGAAUUAAUUCCGUUUACAGAGUAAUUUAUUGAGAUGACGAACUUAAGAAUUGAUAAUUUUAUCAGUAUAUUUGUACAUCAUAUUUGUUUGCAAGUUUACAAAAAUAGGUCUAAAAAUAGGUCUUGUAUAAUUUAUAUCAUCAUCUUCUCUGCA